GUCGUUCUCGGGGCCCGGACUCUCCUGCGGUCCCAGCACCAAUCCCGGCGGGGCUGCUCCCGCUAUCUGCCGCCUGAGCAUACGCCCGGGCCACCCCCCGCCCCGCUGCGCCCAGAACUGACCACCAGUUCCCCUUCCUCGGUACCCCCCCGCGCCAUGGCGGAGCCGCGGUACCUGCAGGCCGACUGCACUUUUCGGCCCGGGACGCACACGGUGCGGGUGACUCUGGCUCGCACUGCGCUGCAGGUGGAGGUGGAGGCUCACGGUACCGCCGACCUGUGGAGGGGCGAGUUCGAUGCCGCUUUCAUCGAGGACCUGACCCGCAAAACGGGGAAUUUCAAGCAGUUUGGCAUUUUCUGCAGCAUGCUGGAGUCAGCACUGAUGCAGAGCAGCGAGUCCGUCAGCCUGGAGCUCCUCACCUACGCCGACCUGGAGACCCUGCGUAGCCGGAAAGUGGGGGCAAUCGCCCGGCCUCCCCCUUCCUCCUCUUCCCCCCUCAGCACCAAGCGCUACCUUAUCCUCGUCUAUUCUGUGGAGUUUGAUAGGAUCCACUACCCGCUGCCGCUGCCUUACGUCGGGCGGCCGGACCUUGCCACACUGGUGCGGGAGUUGCGGGAGGAGCUGGCACGGCUCCGGGCCCGACGCCUGGAGGAGAUCCAGCACCUGCGGGACGCGCUGCGACGGGCACUGGAGGAGAAGCGGGUGGCAGAGGCCCGGCAUCAGCGUGAGCACCAUCAGCUGGCUGCCCAGCUGGCCGAGGCAAAGGCAUCAGAGCAGAGGCUGCAGCUGCGGGUGAAGAGCCUGACAGCCGAACUGGCCUCCUGCAGGAGGGGCCGCCGGACAUCUGCCAGCACGGCCCCCUGCCCCCAGGAGCGACGCUCGGCAUCCCUGGAGAGCCACAGGAGCAGCCGGGGCCGCCCCUCUCUGCGAUCCCCAUCACCUGCAGGCUCCCGCCUCCCACGCUUCGACCCCACUGCCUUCGUCAGGGCCCGGCAGCGACGGCAGAAGGAGGCUGAGCUCAGAAACCAGCGGCACAGGGCAGCUUUUAACAGCUCCAGUCCGGCGAGGAGCCAUGGGCGCAGCUCGUCAGCCACAAGCUUCCGGAGCUGGUGCUCAGCAGUGAGCUCUGGCAGCAAAGGCAGUGAGUGCCCCGAGGCCAUGCCCCACAGGGACAGGAGGGUGACCCAUACCCAGAGACCCCUGAGCACCUUGUCCUGCAAUGGCCCCUGUAUGGCACCUCGCCUGGCUGCCAGUCACAAGGUGCCCAUACGCAGUGCUGCUGGCAAGCGCCCUGGUAAAGAGAACCACUCUGAGGAGCCCUCGGCUGAGCUGGCUGAGAUCGAUGCCCGGCUGUGGGCGCUGCAAGAGUACAUGGACAGCCUGGACACCGGCAUGUGACUCCCCCCAGGGACUCCCAGCCCCUCUGGGAACCCUCCCCCCUCCCUGUGUCAGGGGGUGUGGGGCAAGUGUUCCCCCAAAUAAACCCCUGUCUGGCCCUA